GGCUGACGCAAAUCGGUUAAGCUUUGUCGUUAUCAGAACAUAAUUCUAGAGCUUAUGUUUGAUCCUCUUUUUCCUGUUGCCAGCUCAUAUGUUUAAAAACAUAAAAUCAAGAACGUAAGCAGUUUCCAUCAAAAUACGAGUUUUUAAUACCCGUGCAACGAUAAAUUACCUUUGUUAAACUUCAAUAGAAGAAAAGUUUUGCUAAAAUUAAACAGUUGUUUUAAACGCUGACAAAUCGUUUUAAUACGCACAACAAGUUAAAUCAUCAAGUUCGGUUUAUUUGGAAUAACUUUGAAGUUCGAGUAGCCCUGGCUGUUUGGCUUGGGGGUGAGAACCGGUGGCUUUCGGCACUCGGAAGGUCUAUGGUUCGAUCCCUCAUAUCUUGGCAGCUGGGGCAGCCCUCCCUGGGUGCCAGUUACACACAUUGUAGCUGGACACUCAGUAGAGUGGACUGAGCAUGCUGCCUUUCCGUGGCAGUAUUCGCGUCCAAAGGGGCAUACAUUAAGAUUGAAUAGGCAGUGGUGGGUAGAGGAUAGGCGGAGUGGGACUGGCCCCGUAAGUGCAGGGGUGAGUGGUGGUGCUUACGGCAAGCCGGCGUCUCUUCCUGUCUUACUAUCCUUAAAUGGUUUCUCGAUCCCCAUAUCUCAUCAAUAGAUAUGGGGAUUAUACCUGAGCAACUAGAUAGCCACUGUCAUACGGUGUAAGUAAGAGGAUAUGCAAUAGAUCUGAUGGAUGAUCUGAGCAUUGGGCUCCUCCAACAAGAGGAACCCUCCUCCCAAAAUACAUACAAGUUCGACGGGAAGCAUGCAGUAUGGACUUGCCUUGGCCUUCAACACGAGUUGCAAUGGUUUCUGCAGAUUAUAUUUCAACGUGCAAUGACAGUAUAGUCGCAACAACGAGCGCAAUGUCGAAAGCCUUGAUGAAUCCAUUGAUUCUCGACAAUAUCUUUCACCAUCUUUGUAUACCUGAUUUGAAGUCGUGCCGCCUAGUCAGCCAUUGCUGGGACGAUCAUGGCGCCACUUUAUUAGGAAAGCGAACAUUCUUUGAUGUCAACCAACUUUUCGAUUACAAUUCUGGGUCCAAUUUAUACCUGGUGACUCAGCUCGUCUGCUAUAAACUGACUCGAAGCCUAAAAAUUUACGAUGAGUUCGACUUACUCGCCCAAAGACACAAGGCUAUCGACAUCAUCACGAAAGGGUUACGCAUGCUGCAAUCCAAUGAUAUCCGACACGUCUGUCUCAUUAUGGAGGACGUUAACAACCCUGCAGAUGAAUGUGUACCUCAAAAAAUCCCAGUUCACCCUAAUCUGACUUCAAUUAAGUACCGUCCUUAUAAGGGUUUAAACAGUAGCAACGAUCUGCAUCCAUUUGUUCAAGGAUUGAUUGAUUCCGCACCAAAUUUGACCUUUUUGGACGUCUGGGGUUCCUCCUUACUGAAUUUGGAGAGGUGCAUAAAGCUCAAGUCGCUUAAAUUCUACGUCAUCAAUUCCGACUUCACCAAAACUAUUAAUGACGUGAUCGCACUGUUGGGACAAGUUAAAGAUACAUUGGCAGAGGCGGAGUUAAUCUACAACAGUAAUUUGUGUAAUUCGCUGCAGGUAAAACUUUAAUUUUGCAUUUGUUUUCCGAGAAAGUGAAGUUAAAAAGUAUUUGUUCAAUCUUCGUAAUUUAAAAAUGGUGACGAAAUUAUUAUCUCAUUAUUCUUCAAUUAAUUGAAUCAUGGCUGAAUAGUUUAUCUACCGUCAUUAUGUAUGAAAUCAGCGAUUUGUGCGCAGGUAUGGUAAAUGCGUAGGCUAAGAUGCGCAGCUUCCAUGUUCUUCGGCCACCGGCGUCUGGUUUCGCCCAGAACCUUCGCUUCCAGCGUCUACGUUUCCGACCAAAAUGUGCUUCCAGACCUUUCGCCUCCGACAUCCUGCAACAAUUUAAAAGUUCUAGUUCGUUCGGUUCCAUUGUUCCGGAGUUGCUUCUGAUUUUUGGAAGUCGUAAAAUUUCGCCCCUACAUAAAUAGGAUGUCACAUGACUGUUAACUUAUCCCAAUCUUUAUCUUUGCAUUGAAUUCAGAGACAAAAGAUGAAUGUUCCUGUCAUGUUGAAACUGAUUUCACUCACCAUCUACCCAUUUGAGGAGCGCCCCACCCCUGACUUCUUUAACGAGAUUCAUCUCCCAGCUUUGAAGAUCUUGCGGUUCAUAACCUUGGAACAGCCCGAUGGCAUUGGCAAACCAUCUAAAAAUGUGGCAGCGACACCGAGGUGUCGAAUCUCUUUCUGUGGUGCUGCAACAUAAUGGGGAUAUGCAGUGGGGCGGAUUUACGGAUAGUAUCGUCCAGUUAUUUCCCGCCGUUAAGAAAUUCGACUUAAAAAUACCUUCCUUAAGUAUGAGUUCAAGCUACGCAGUUAAGCGAAUGAUGGAGCCGUUCCAAAUUUGGGACCUGGAGCAUGUAAACUUUGACUUGGAAGAAGUGAACAAAUCGGCGGUGGUAGUUGAAAUCCUGAAGAACAUGUCGCUGUUGAAGGGGCUUGGUCUUACAAGGGAAGGUCCCCGACUGCUUAUCGUAUCCAGGGUACCCACAAUGUUUUUCAGAAUCUACUAGGACCCCCGAUGAAAGAUUCAUUGAUAUUUACCUGUAAAACUCAUAUUUGGCGCCAUGGCUUGGCGCCAAACUUAAAAAUUUGCAUUUUCGACCAAUUUCAAACCCUCAUAACU